AUGGUCGCUCUCGGGGUGGUCCAACUGCUACUCCCCCUCCUCAGUGGGCUUGUCGCGCAAGCAGAUGCCUCAUCGCAAGUAUACCGACUCAAGGAGCGGGUUGCAGAGCCUCGCAACUGGGUCAAGCGUGGGUCUGCUCCGCCCGAUCACAUCGUCAACCUGAAAGUCGGGCUUCCACAAGCGCGCUUCGAUGAGCUUGAGCGCCACUUGUACGAGAUCAGCGACCCGUCUCACUCUCGCUAUGGUCAGCAUCUGUCCAAGAGCGAGGUCGAGACGCUCGUGUCUCCCAGCACAGAAGGUCUCGACAUCGUGAUGGACUGGCUCGGGGAGCACGGACUGAAAGAGUCCGACCUGCGGCUUUCGGCGGCCCGGGACUGGAUCACGAUACGGACAUCGGUGGCCAAGGCAGAGGCCAUGCUCGAUACGAAAUUCCAUAUCUGGGAACACGCGAGCGGUGACAGCACGCUCGUGCGGACGACGAGCUAUUCUCUCCCCGGACACAUUCACCCUCAUAUCGACGUUAUUCAUCCGACGACAUACUUCAAUCGCCCUCGCGCAUUGAAGACUACGUUCCACUUCUCUGAGGCACCGGCACCGAGCGAGAGCUCCCCUUCCACGCCGGGCAAGAUCGCUAUCCCAGGGUCCGACGUAACCGUCGACCCAAGCUGCGAUACGACUAUCACGGUAGACUGCAUCAAGGAACUCUACAACGUCGCGGAUUACACUGUCGUGGCCGCGGAUAAGAACAAGAUUGGCGUUACGGGUUAUCUCGAGCAGUUCGCUAAUCUACAAGAUCUUCAGUCGUUUUACGCGAAGCAGGUGCCAAAGGCGGAGGGCUCAUCCUUCAACGUGACGCUCAUUGACGGUGGUGAGAAUGACCAGACGCCUUCCAAUGCCGGGGCUGAGGCCAAUCUCGACGUUCAGUAUGCGUUCGGCAUAACAUACCCAACACCCAGUACUUUUUGGAGCACGGGCGGUAGCCCGCCCUUCGAUCCAGAUCAGCGCUACCCUACCAACGGGAACGAGCCGUAUGAGACGUGGCUCGAGUACGUUCUCGCUCAGGAGGUGGUACCCCAAACGAUCUCUACAAGUUAUGCCGACGACGAGCAAACUGUGCCUCUUGCGUACGCACAGCGUGUCUGCAACGACUUCGCACAGCUUGGUGCACGCGGUGUAUCGCUCUUGUUUGGCUCUGGCGAUGGAGGAGUAGGCGAUGGACUGAGCAGUCCUAAUGGCGAAACAGUGUGCUUCACCAACGAUGGCACUAACACGAAAACUUUCUUGCCGCUGUUCCCCGCAUCGUGCCCGUUCAUCACCUCCGUGGGCGGUACCAUCAAUGUCCCAGAGACAGCGGUAGACUUCUCGGGGGGUGGAUUCAGCAAUUAUUUUGCUCGCCCUUCGUACCAAGAUGCUGUUGUGCCUGCAUACCUGGGCGCGCUUGCCCCGGGAACGUAUGCUGGGCUCUUCAACUCGAGCGGCAGGGGAAUCCCUGACGUCGCCGCUCAAGCUGAAAAGUUCCAGAUCUUCCUUGGAGGCCAGGCCGUGUCUAUUGGAGGUACCUCCGCGGCGACGCCUACCUUCGCGGGCAUCGUCGCCCUGCUCAACGACGCUCGUCUCGCCAAAGGCCUCUCGACAUUGGGGUUCCUCAAUCCGCUAUUGUACUCUGCCGAUGUCAGCGCCACGUUCAACGACAUCACUUCUGGUAACAACCCGGGAUGUGGUACUCCAGGAUUCAACGCUACCGUAGGCUGGGAUGCUGUCUCUGGCCUUGGUACACCUAAUUUUGGGCUGUUGAAGGCAAUUGUCGCUCCCUAG